GAUGGCAGGAAAGGAUCACAAAGCGCCCGCGGCGCUCUCCCCUGGAAGCCUUCCCCGCCUCCCAGGAGCGGGCAGCCUUCUUCGGCCUUGGGAACCGCGCGCGAGCAGGCUGCCGGGUCCCACCGCGGUCUCUUUUCCCUGACGAGGGAACGACCUUUGCCGGCUGCGAGCUCCCGGGGAGAGGUAACGGCUCCUUCUGAGCUUCUGCGUUGCGAUCAUAUUCGGCUCGGGUGGACACCGCGCGCCCUUUUUCCUCCCCUCAUGAGGCGCCCCCUGCCCCGAAAGGGACUGCCGUUUCUGAUCAGCCUUGCAAACAUGAAUUAUACCCGAUUUCUCACAGCAGUGAGUGCUGCAAGAAAGCCUUCUCCAAUAAGAGUCCUGACUGAACUCAUACAGAAAUCACCACCAUCACUCAUUUCUUUGGCUGGAGGAGCUCCAAACCCUAACACUUUCCCUUUUAAGACUGCAAAGAUCACUGUAGAAGAUGGAAGUACCAUUGAAUUUGGGGAAGAUUUAAUGAAGAGAGCACUUCAAUAUUCUGCCUCAGCAGGGAUUCCAGAGUUGUUGUCCUGGCUGAAAAAGUUCCAGACCAGACUCCACAAGCCCCUCACUGCCCAGUUCAGUCCUGAACAAGGACAAAUGGAUGUAUGCAUCACCACUGGGAGCCAAGAAGGCCUUUGUAAAAUAUUUGAGAUGCUCAUUAACCCUGGAGAUAACAUCCUCUUGGAUACACCUGCUUACCCAGGAACCCUGUCAGCUCUGAGGCCUCUGGGCUGCAACAUUAUUGGCCUGUGCAGUGACCAAUAUGGGCUUAUUCCAGAUUCUCUCCGAGCAGCACUUUCUAAGUGGGAACCAGAGGAUGCACAGAAACCUGAAAGACACACGCCCAAAUUCCUUUACACAGUUCCAAAUGGCAGCAACCCUACAGGAACAUCAUUAACAUAUGAACGCAAAAAGGAAAUAUAUGAGCUGGCAAGAAAAUAUGAUUUUCUCAUCAUAGAAGAUGAUCCAUACUAUUUUCUCCAAUUCAACAAGCCUUGGGCACCAACAUUUCUUUCUAUGGACACUGAUGGUCGUGUCAUCAGAACAGAUUCUUUCUCAAAAAUUCUGUCGUCAGGGUUGAGAAUAGGUUUUAUAACUGGCCCCAAACCUCUGAUUGAUCAAAUUGUUUUGCACACACAAGUUUCAACGAUGCACACCAGCACUUUUACACAGCUGCUGAUAGCCCAGCUUCUUCAACAGUGGGGAGAAGAGGGAUUCCUGAAACACACAGAUAGGGUGAUAGCCUUCUAUAAGCAGCAGCGGGAUGCCAUGUUGGCAGCAGCAGACAAGUGGCUCAAAGGUUUGGCAGAAUGGCAUAUCCCCGAUGCUGGAAUGUUUUUGUGGAUUAAGAUUAAAGGUAUUUCUAAUACAAAACAGCUGAUUAUGGAAAAGGCCUUGCAGAAAGAGGUAUUACUAGUUCCUGGGGAUGCAUUCAGUAUUGAUAUCUCAAAGCCUAGUUCCUAUGUCAGAGCUUCCUUCUCUCUGUCUUCUCCAGAACAAAUGGACCAGGCUUUUCAGAGACUGGCUGAACUUAUAAAAGAAUCUUUAUGAAGGGAAGAAAAAAAAAGAAUCCUUGUACUCAUGGAUUUUCACUGUCGAUUUUUAUAUUUCACAAAGAAGAAAUUGGUGGUGAUAUUAUACCCGCGCUUUGUUAGAGAUUUAAUCACGGAUAUUACAUUCCUGAAAGGCCUUUUAGUGACUGCCAAAAAUUACAAUGCACCAUUAUGAUUUUUUUUUAUAAAAAUGGCUGACUGCAAAGUUGUCUUUUGUUGUUGCUUUGUUUCAAUUAGAUCACAUUCCAAACCCUGCUGCCACCUUUUUUUUUUUUUAGUUGCUUGGAAGUUCUUAAGAACUUUCCUCUGAGUUUAAACUUUCUUGCGUCUAAUGGCAGCUGAAUAGUGAAUUCUAGAUCAAGAAUUCAUCAUUUUGAAAACAUAUUUAGUCAGUCUGAACUUAGGAAAAUUUGAAAGAGAGCAUUUUUUUUUUCAGUGAAAUACUUCAACUUAAAGAUGGUUUAUUUUUUUUUUUACUUGACUUAUGUAGCCUAGAGAUGGGAACUGGUAGAGGGUUAGGGUAACUCCCUUUAUCAUUAUAGUUUGGAACCUUCUCUGCAACUCAAAGUCCUAGAGAGUUGUUUGGGGCACUGAGUUAAAUGAGUUGGCCAGGAUUACAAACUCUGUGUGUGUCAGAAGCACGAUAUAAACCUAGGUCUUCCUGACUUCAAGGCCUACACUCUCCACUAUCCCAUGCUGACUCUCAUGACUUAUUUAAUGUUCAGCAUUAUAAAUUAUUUCCAGUAAGAAAUUGAAUAAUCACCUUGGAGCAGCUAGGUGGCGCAGUGGAUAGAGCACUGGCCCCGAAGUCGGGAGAACCUGAGUUCAAAUCUCACCUCAGACAAUUUCUAGCUGUGUGACCCUAGGCAAGUCACUU